AUGCCGGCGGAAAAAGAGCGUCGCUUCUCCCGUCUGACUGCGCUGCUGCGUCGCCCGUCGUCGUCUUCCUCCUCGUCCGCCAAGAACGCCGCCGCCGCUGCUACUGUUGCCUCUACUGCUGCCGGUGCUGGUUCUGCUGGUGCUGACUCUAACCAGCAACACUCGAACUCAGCGACGCCUGCGACCGCCAACAGCAGCACCAGCACCGCGCACAGCAGAGAGAGAGAAGGGAAAGAAGACGAAGACAGAGCGAAAGAGCAGGACGCGGACGACGACUCGACACAGCGACUCUCGCCCUGGACGUCUCUGCCCGACCAGCUGCCGAGUGCGUCCACGGCCUCCACCACCUCCACGACUCCUCCUACAGCGACAGCGACAGCAACAUCAACAGCGACAUCGAGGGCCCGGCGCAGUCGACCAGGUGAAGCUCCUGCUGCUGCUUCUACUGCUGCCCCCUUAAGGUCGCCGGACGAGGCAGAUGGACACUCGACGACGCUGAAGGGCCACAGAUUGGGCGUUGUUGACUCGCGGCCCAACAGAGCUGUCUCGCUCUCGGGUCCGUCGUCACAGCCUCUGCAGCAACAUCUCCAGCAGCACCCACAGCACCCACCGGGACAGCCAAUUGCUACGGCUGUACGGUCUAUCGCUGCUCCCACCGCCAGGCAGAUUCCCUCGCCGCUGAUCGAGUCUCCUUGCUCCUCGAACCCGCCGCUGCCUCGCGCAAGACUGGUCAGCGUCGACGGUGGGAAGGACAGACGCUUCGACGAGUUCGCCUUUGCACCGCCAGGUAGCAACAACCAGGCUAUCCAGAACAUCCAGAGCAUACAGAACGCUAGAGAGCCCUCGCCUGCACAGCUGCAGCAGCAGAGCAGGGUGCAGCGACAGUUCAGCCGUCGAGGGAGCGUCACCACUGGCGCUGCUCGACAGCUAAACACUUCAACGGUUGCUUCUUUAGCUUACGAAGACCCCCGUCAGGGCCUGCCAUCGCCUACAUCACCACUAUCAACAUCACCAGCGCCCUCGGGAAGAAGCCCACAGAUACCCGAGCAGCAGCAGCAGCAGCAGCAGCAGCAUCAUCAUCAUCCGAAGGGCGCUGCUCGACGACCUACCAUCGCCAUCAGGAGGCAAUCUCUCGUCCCCGCCUCCCAGCAGCGUCUCAUCAACACUCUUCUCGAGCCACCCUACACCAGUGGCGCUGAAUAUUUCCCUCGCUCUGCUACUCCCACCAUCCAGUUCGACAUGAUCAACCGCAAGGUCUGGGUCAAGCGGCCCGGCUCAUCUCCCACCCUCGUCCUCGUCACGGAGGAAGACCUGGUCGACGACCUGCGCGACUCCAUCCUCAAGAAAUACGCAAACUCCCUCGGUCGAACCAUCGACUCGCCAGAUAUCGCCAUCAGGCUCAUCCAGCGCGAACCUUCAAGCAGACACGGCCAGCUGGAACGAGUCCUAGGACCAGAGGAACCGCUUACUCGCACCCUGGACCAUUUCUACCCUGGUGGCCAAACCAUAGAUGAAGCUCUCAUCAUCGAAGUCCCUCCACGGCGCACUCCAAAGGCAUCCCCUCUUACUCCCUAUGCUCACACAGACGACUCCCGAGGGGUCGAGCAACAGGGGGGUUACUUCCCGCCUAUGCAUAUGAUCACUCCCAACAGCGCUACUCUCAAGGACACCAUGGUGUCUCCGCAUCCAAAUUCCAUGCAGGUCAUCAACACCGGCCAGGUGCCGCCCAUCCCUUCGCCAGGAGUACGUGGGCCGUGGCAGCAGCCCGCACAUCGAAGCAGCUAUCAUCAACAUCAGUAUGCAAGCUCUCAAGCCGGACCUGGCUCUCUCCCAUCGCCCUCAAACGACUCGGUGAAUCCUCAUUCUUCAGCCAACGGCGCCCCUGCUGCCUCCUCACCUCCCUCUGCAGCUACUCCGCCCGCUCUCCCUUCAGAACAAGCUCCCAAAGCCGUCUCCCCUCCUUCCCGCGUCGCCUCUCCUCGUCCCAAGGGCCUUGAAAAGCUGAACAAAAACAGCAGCGCGACCUCGAACAAGUUUCCAACAUCGCUACUCGACGGCGCAAUUCCCCCGAUCAACGUCCUCAUUGUCGAGGAUAACACCAUCAACUUAAAGCUGCUCGAAGCCUUCAUGAAACGUCUCAAGGUCCGCUGGCAGACCGCCAUGAACGGCCGUGAAGCCGUCAACAAGUGGCGAGAAGGAGGCUUCCAUCUCGUGCUCAUGGAUAUCCAAUUGCCCGUCAUGAGUGGUCUGGAGGCCACCCGCGAAAUCAGACGGUUAGAACGAGUCAAUAACAUCGGUGUGUUCCAGCGCUCGGCUGGACCGUCUUACUCUGCCUCUAUGGUUGGGUCGACUCCUACCUCGCCUUCUGUCGUCGAGACGCCUUCCUCCGAGUCCGGCCCUGAAGAGGAGGUCAAGCCCGAGGACGUGUUGAAUAAGGAGAACCAGUUCAAGAGUCCCGUUAUCAUCGUUGCCUUGACGGCGAGCAGUUUGCAGAGUGACAGGCAUGAAGCAUUGGCCGCAGGAUGCAAUGACUUCUUAACCAAGCCUGUGAACAUCGUCUGGCUCGAGCAGAAAGUAACAGAAUGGGGAUGCAUGCAAGCCCUAAUCGACUUCGAAGGCUGGCGCAAAUGGCGCGGUUUCACAGACGACUCUGCUAUCUCCAGGGCCCUCAACAAGGGCAAAGAAAACACCAGCCCUGCCCAGACAUCCGGAGACGCCUCUCAUCGAAAGCUAAACGCCAUCAAGUCCCUCCCGUCCAAGGCAAGCAACGGCAACCUCCAAUCGAAAUCCAGAGCCGCACAGGCACAGGCAUCCAGCACCUACACAGACGGCACAGACGACUCCUCUACCGUCAGCUCUACCUCAACCGUUGUUCCCAGGAUGGACGCUGGCGUGUCAACUCCAGUUGGAACAGCCCUUACACCUGCAUCCGGCACGCCUACGCCCAUAGCUACGAGGAGACUACCUGUAGCCAGCAAGGGGCAAAACGGCAACAUGAACGGCUCUACGAGUCCACAGGCCUGGAAGAACAGCCAACGGAACGGUGUUCCUGUGGGAGCUGCGCCUCCUUAA